UCUAAUAUAUACGUGGCUUAUGAAAACACCUUUUAUAUAUAUUAAUAUUUUUAGAUUCGAUGUGAAAAUCGAUUUUGAUUUAACUAUAACAGAAACUCGUAGAAUUCGGGCAAUCUUAGAUAUAAAUUGUUUGAGAUAGAAAUCAUAUAUAUCUUGUAUUAAGUUCUAUCGUUUGAACUAUUCAAGUAAGUAAUAUUGUCCAACAUCGAACAUUGUGUAUUAUUUUUUACAGUUAAAAUGAAACUUCACCGCAUUUUAAUAUCACUAAUCUUGGUAAACGCUUUGGCAUUAAGUAUAGCGGACUAUGUAAAGUCGGUUUUCCUUACAAACAAACACGUCGAACUGGCUUAUAAAAAAAAUAAAUCUGGAUUGAAGACUGUUAUUAAAAAUAUUGUUACUGGAAAUGCAACGAUGGAAAAAAUUUCUUUGAUGUUGGCUGUACCGGAAUGUACAAGAGCGUAUGCCGAUGUUGACUUCUUACAAGAAGUUUGUUCCAUUGCCGACCAAAAUACUUUGCAAGCUGAAAUAACCCGUGUUACAAGUCUUCUCGUUCCUCAAGGUUACACAGACGAAGAAAUCAGCGGUUAUACGUUGCCAUAUCUUGGAAAUUCCAGAAGAAAAAUAACUAAAGAACUUACAAAAUCUCUAGUUUUCGCUGCAAUAAGCAAAGCCGAACCACAAUUCGACGAUUUUCCCACCAUGUGUCGUUUAUUAGGUUUGUUCAGAUGCAUAUCGUUCCCAGGUUCAUUUAUACAAUUUGCCGAGGUCAACUCUAAAGGCGUUUGUACCUUAACUUCAAGGAAUAACAUACUCGUAACUAUGAGCCGGUACAAAUACAGAAUGGUUAAUGGCAUAAUUGCGGAAGUACAUGUCGACCGAGACGAUGAAGUAUUGCACUUACUUAGUGCACAAUUGAACUUGUGGUAAUAGUAGCUAACUUUAAAAAAAAAUUAUAUUCUACUGUUGUUGCGUUCAAUGUAUUUCACAAUAAAAAUAUUUGCUCAUA